AGAAAUAGGAGUUUGCAUAGAAAGAACAUAUAGUGUUUAGAAUAAUGGAUAUAUCACCGCCUCCUUUGCCUAAAAUUACGGAAGGGAUGAUUCCUCUGAAAGAUGUGAUUCAACAAGUUGUUUAUCAUACAUUUUCAGAACUUCAAAAUAUUUUGGAAUUACUUCCUUCUAUGUCAAAUGUUUCAAAAAAACGAACAAUUCUUGAAUAUAUAUUUUCAACAAAAAGGCAAAUGAUUAAGUUAUAUGUUCUUGUUAAAUGGGCAUAUAGUUCUGAAGAAGUUCAAAAAUGCAUUGAUAUUAUUGCAUUUUUGCAAGGUCAAAAAAAUUGUUUCUCAAAUGUUAUUCAUUCUUUGAAAGCAAUUGUACAUCAAUUGUCAUAUGCUCGGGUUAGAAGUCCUGAUAUUGUUACUGCUAUGGAAGUUCUUUCUACAGGAACUUUUCCUCGACUUAAAUUUUCAGAAAUAUCUGCUGCAUUUAUAACACCAGACACUUUAAGCCCUAAUAAAGUUCUACAAACUUUUAACAUACUUAAUAUAUUAAUUUCGUUGAGGUUGUCUUUAUAUCAAGUUUUACCAUAUUCUAUGUUAUCUUAUGUUGUGGAAAAUGGGAGAGCUAAAUUUUUAGUUGAGAAUGAAUUUGUGAUUUAUUUAAGUUUUGUUGGAGAAGACAUUUCUAAAACAAAUGAUUUUUUAUGGUUUUUAGUUGAUUUUGAAUGGAAUUUUGAAGGAGCUCCUGCUACAAAUGAUGAUAUAAAAGAUGAAAUUGAGAAAUUUGGUAAUGAAAUUUUAAAGUCAUCUGUUGCUCAAAAAAAAGAACCUAUAGUAGAAUUGUAUAAUUUUCUUCAUAAAUUUACUCUUUUUUAUAAACUUGAAAUUAUAGUUAUAGAAGCAAAGGAAAUGGUAUAUGGAAAAUGGAAAGAUAGGCUUAAUGUUAGUUUUGAUAGUUUUAAAAGAUCAUUAACAUUGAAAUAUUGGCCAAUGACAUCAAUGAAAAAAAAUAUAAUUUGGCCUAAUAGUAUUCGAAUAUAUAUUGAUAUACCUAAGAAGAAAAGCAUUGUUCCUUAUAUGUUUCCGUAUAAUCGAAUAUCUUUUGAUUACGAUUAUUCGGUAAUAACAUAUUCUUGGAAAAUUGGAGAUGAGAUUCAAUCUUGUAAUGAUCUAAAUAUUAAUGAAACAAAUAUAUCAGCUAAAGAGAUAGUAUCUAAAAUUAUUAAUGCUCAUUCAAUGCUGCUUCUAAAAAAAAUCUACACAAUAUUACUAGAAUCUAAUAGUUUUUCAAUUAAUUCUAUUUUUAUUUCUAGUAUGGGUAAAAAUAAUGAAGUUCCUGUUUUAAGAAUUAGAUGUUCAAAAGCAAAAAAUAUAUUAAUAUUUAUUAAUCCUAUUUGUGGAAAAUUUAAGCUCAUGGAAUCAGAUUUUUUUCUAUGUUCACCUUUAAGUAUAAAAAAUUAUGGAAAGCUAAUUAAUAUUCCAAAUCAAAAUAUAUUAGAAAUAUUAAUUCGACUAAAAUGCAAAAUAUUAUAUGAUGAUAUUGAAUCAAAGGCCAAAUUUUUAGGUUGGGAUGUUGUUAAGUUUCCUUUAGGAUCUUUUAAACAAAAAGAUUUUAAGGAUAAUUUUGGAUCAGAAAUUAAAUAUACAAUUUUUUUGACGAAUUCUAUAUUAGGUUGGAAACAAAUGUCUUCUAAAAGUAUUUUUUUUGUUGUGUGUUUUCUUUCUGGACAAAAUACUAGCUGGUGGCUUCUGGAAGUUGCUAUUUCGAGAUAUGAUAUUUUUUUAGGCUGGAAUAUUUUAUGGUCUGAAAAAAUACAAAUACAUUCAGGAAAAAAACGAAAAUUUAAUGAAUCAGAUUUCCAAGUAGAUUCUUAUCUUUCACCGACAUAUUCUUUGCUUGAAAGCAUUUAUAAAUAUUCUAUAAUAAGAGUAGCAAUUCUUCAGUUUUCUCGAGAUCUUGACAGAAGGGGCAUUCAUUACGGAUACUUGCAUGAUCUUUCUAUAUGUCGAUUAUUGGUAAUACCUUUUUUUUAUUUUUAUACUAAUGAUAUUUCCCCGAUGGCUAAAGUUUGGAUUUGUAAAAACAUGUUUGCUCAGUUUUCAUUUUCUGAACAUUCUUUUGAUGAAUUAAAAAUUAUUUUUUAUGGGAAGUUGAUUAACCUUAAGUUUAUAACAGCAUUGUUGCAGCAAUAUAAAAGAGAUAACAUUGAACUUUCUGUUAAAUCUAAAUAUUUUUUAAUGAAAAUUACUUAUAAAAUGGGUAAAAAUAUAUCUUCUGUUAUUGAUGUGUUUCUUGAAUUGUGGUUAAAAAUAGAGACAGUUAUCAGGCUUGUCUUUAAAUCAAAUGAAUUUAAUCAUUUUUUAGUUUUAGACGAUUUUAAUUUAGAUGCUGUUAGAUUUUCUUAUUACAAAAAAAACUAUUUUUGGCUAGAAAUUGGAUACGAUAACCAUUAUCAAAAAACUAAUCCUCCUCUAAUAAAGUAUUGUCUUGAAAUUGGUGCUAUUGAUGGUUAUAUGAAUCCACAUUCUAGAAUUAAGGCUCACCUUUGUCAAAUAUUAGAGGAUUCUCGUGGAAAUAUUCACUUAUUUGCAGAAAUUAUUUACAAAACACUCCCUUUUUUGGAAAUUGUUGGGAAAUUAGAGGCGGAAACUCUUGGGACAUCUAAUUUUCAUGUAUUAUUUCAAUCUUCAUUAGAAUUUAUUAUUACGUAUACAAAAAAUCAAUAUGCUUUGGGCGUUAUAUUAAAAUCAGUACCUUCCAAUUUAUUGAAUAACAAUGCAAUUGCCCUUGAUAAAGGAACACUUGUAUAUUAUAUUUUUGAUAUAGCAUUAAAAUAUCAAUCAGUUGAUUUUUUAGAAACAUAUAAAAAGAUGGAAAGACAAGACAUUGAAAACGGAUCCAUGGAAUUAGAGGGAUACGUAGGGACUAAGCUAGAAUCUUCGAACAAUUUAAAAUCCCCCUAUAAUAUAAUUGAAUCUUGUCGAUUUAUAUGGAGUAGAGGAAUCGAUAUUGGAAAAGAGUAUAAAAAAAGAAUUUUUCCUGUAGAUGAUGGUUUAAUAUGUACAUCAGAUGUAAUUGCAAAUAUCAUUAAUAAAAUACAUACUAUAAUUGUGGGAUAAAUGCAUCUAUUAAACAAUUCC